CAGCAUUGUAACUGUUGAAAAGACUUGUUCUACUGUUCUCUGGUUUCGCGUAGAAUGCGAGAAAUAAAUUCUCUUCGGUCUGCUUACUUAUUUGAAAGCGUGAAAAAUAUUAACGUAACUCUACUCAGCAAUAAUAGUUCGGCGCGUAUUUCAAAUCGAGUUAGUGAUUCUCUUAACGCCCAGUUAUGGCUAUCGGUGGACAUGACGACGUUAGUUAUUAAAGCAUGUGAAUUUGUUUGACGCUUGUUCUCCAAAUACAUUAUCCAUGUUUGCAUUAUUUACGAUUGCAAUUAGACACAAAUUAUGUAACUAGUAAUAAUCCUAUUUGGUGAAAGAAGACAUUAUACAUUGUUAGAAUGGAAGAAGAAAUAGUGGUUGAUGAUUUAGAUGAGAAUAGCAGUACAGAGGCUCAGCAAUCGGACGAUUCUACACCCGUCAUGCCUUUACUAUAUAUUCAACCAAGUAAAUUGCGUUCUGCGCCGCCAACUACAACAAAUCAGAGUUUAGUUUCGCAGAAUGCUACUCAACUUGCUGCCAUUAUCAAUCCAGUUAAUAACCAGAUUGUUACUGGACAAAAUAAAGUAUUUAUACAAGGGCCAAGUCAGGUUACCACUACUCAAAAUAAACAACAUAUUGUAAUUCAUCGGCCAAUUAAUACAGUCAGUACUACAACAACUUCCCAAGGCCAGAAGCACAUAUUACUGAGAAAAUCUAACGCGUCCACUGCUCAGAUCGUGCCCUUAAGUACUUCUCAAGGAAAUCAAAGUAAUGCACAAGCAGGCAAACAUACAUUUGCGUAUCUUGGCACUCUUAUUAAACCGAACAAAUCACGCGAAUCCGUUGUUAUUCCAGCAGGUGCUUUGACCACAAGUCAAAUAACUAAGCCAAAAUUAGUAAUUGCACCAGUUAUAUCACAAUUAGCUCAAACAUCAACAAGCACUACUUCAGGAUCUCAAAGUCAACCUUCCAAACAUAUGGCAAAUUUGUUAUUACCAGUCAGUAUUCCUCAGCAAAGUGGACCGACUAAGCCUAGUAUGUUUAAUUUAAAAAUCAAUAAUGGCCAAAUCAGUACAGAAAGUAAAGGAACCAUUACAGUUUUACGGGAAUCGAAAACAACAAAUUCUGCCACGCAUCCUCCGCCUCUACAUCCCAUUGCAAAAAUGAGUUUGCUAAAUGCAAAUAAAGGAAACAAUAAUUCCACGGACAGCAUAAAAAUUACAGAAAAUCCAGAUUCCGCUGUUAUUACUCCUAUUCCAAAGAAGGAUGACAUUGGUAUGCCUGAGAAACGGAAAAAAACAAUAAGUAAUAUAUUAAGGGGCUCUAAUGAGAAGAGAUUGAAGAAACAAAAUCUUGCGAAGUCUCCGCAGGACAGCAUGAUCGAUGUAACCUAUGCGUUGAGCAGUCCCGAAUCCGAACAAGAUAAGGACAAAAAAGUUCAAAACGACGAUGACAUUACUCUGAUCAAAGUAGUUCCUAGCGAGGACAAAACUAUGAAGCUUAAUGCUGCUAUGGACGAUGACAUAAAAAUUGAAAUUAUCAAAACACGCACGAGUUGUGGUAUCGAGCCAGUAUUGGAUAAUAAAAAUGAUACUAAAGUUAGUAAUUACGAAGAUCUAAAAGACCAUUUGAAUACUAACCAUCCGAACGAUUCCAGUUUCGAUGCUACAAAGGUGCUAGAUUGGAAGGAUGGUGUUGGUACUCUUCCUGGAAGUACAUUGAAGUUCUGCAUGAAUGAGUUUGGUAUUAUGGAAGUGGUAGAAGAGGAUGAAAGUAACAAACAAGGGAAAGAUGGUAUUGGCGACAAAGAAAACGUUUGUUUAACUCAAAACUCUUCAAAGUCCAGUCCUUUAACUGUUAAUAAUGUGAAUUCUGAAAAGAAACCCGAUGAUAGAAAAUCCAGGACUGUAUCGGCGGAUACAAUGUAUCAUUGUGAAGGCUGCGGAUGUUAUGGGUUAGCUGCAGAGUUCGAAAGUCCAAUAUCAUGUAGUCCAACGUGCACAGAAAUAAUAGAAUCUAAGAAACAGCCUUCGAUGCGGAAGGACAAAGAUCUAAAAGACAUACGCGCGAAACGAAAACGUAAAAGACUACUGCAAGAGCAACAACAAUCUAAAGAAUUAGAAGAUAAAUCUUUAGAGGAAAAAGGGCAAGAUAAAAUAAAAUCUGAAACAGACGAGGACACUAAAGACACUAUUACAGGAAUGGACGAUGAAAGUCAAGGAGAUUACAAUGAGUCGAAGUAUCCUUGGCAGACAGGAAAACUCGGAUUUUCGUGGGCAAAGUAUCUCGAACAUUGUAAGGCGAAGGCUGCACCCGUUAAAUUAUUCAAAGACGCUUUCCCGUAUAGUAAAAAUCAUUUCAAAGUUGGAAUGAAAUUGGAAGGGAUAGAUCCAGAACAUCCGUCGCGUUAUUGUGUUCUCACGGUCGUUGAAGUAGUAGGUUAUCGAAUACGUUUGCAUUUCGACGGAUACCCGGAAAACUACGAUUUCUGGGUAAAUGCAGACAGUAUGGAUAUAUUUCCCGUUGGCUGGUCAGAGAAGAAUGGACAUCGAUUAGAUCCGCCGAAGGGUUACGUAGCCAAUAAUUUUAAUUGGAACGCUUAUCUUAAAAUUUGCAAAGCUACCGCAGCACCGAAAAAUAUAUUUUCAAAUAAGAGUUCGGUAUUUCCAACUGGUUUCCGGGUAGGAAUGAAAUUGGAAGCAGUAGAUAGGAAACAUUCUUCGUUAGUUUGCGUAGCUAGUAUAGCAGGCCUAAUGGAUUCCCGCAUAUUGGUUCAUUUCGAUUCAUGGGAUGAAGUUUACGAUUAUUGGGCAGAUGCAAGUUCGCCGUACAUUCAUCCGGUGGGUUGGUGUCAUCACAAUGGUCAUAGUCUCACACCACCGAACAAUUACAAAGAUCCGAAAUCCUUUACAUGGGACGCGUAUCUAAGAGAAACUCGUUCCAUGGUUGCACCAGCCAGAGCUUUCAAACAACGACCACCUUGCGGAUUCAAACGUGGAAUGAAAUUAGAGGCUGUUGAUAAACGAGUGCCUCAGCUCAUAAGAGUAGCAACGGUCGAAGACGUAAAAGAUCAUAUGUUAAAAAUAAGAUUCGAUGGAUGGCCAGAGAAUCAUGCUUACUGGGUGGACGAUGAUUCCCCAGACAUACAUCCCAUGGGCUGGUGUUUGAAAACGGGUCACCCUUUGGAACGGCCAUUAACACCCGAAAAUUUGAACGAUAGACCGGAGUGCGGAACGUAUGGUUGUACAGGAACCGGCCACGUGAAAGGUCCUAAAUUCGCAACGCACAACUCUGCGUCCGGUUGUCCGUACUCGCCACAAAAUCUUCAUAAAGUUAGGCAACUAUCCGACAGGCUCAAUCUGAAGCACGAAACUUGCGAUUUCGAAGAUGAUGUACAGGACAAGCCGAAAACAGAAAAGACUGAUAAAAUAAAAAUGGAGAAAUCUGAGAAACCUGAAAAAUCCGAGAAACCGUUGUUCAUGGAAGAACGGUUAUUGAAGACUGAAAAAGAUUUUAAGCUAGAAGACGGCGAGUUUUCCGAUAAAAAUGACAAGUCUGAAAAUUCAGAGAAGUCGAGUAAGUCAAAACAUCAUCUCAGCGAUGGGCAAACGGACGACGACGAACUCUUGAGGAAACGAAAGAAAAGACGACAGAUUUCGGAAGAUGCUUUGUUUCCCCUUUCGAACUCGUACGGCGAUACAGCAUUAACUUCUAUACCGUACGCUGCAAAUAUGCCGGAUAAACAAUUACGUACGGAACUAUAUCAGUCUGUGUAUACUCCCGGGUACAAUCCACUACCCGAUGCACCGCAUAUAUGGGCGAAGCAUAGCAAUGCUUUGAACAGGGUAGUAGCAAGGCAAAAUACUAAUCCUCGACGAUGGUCAAACGAGGAAGUGAUCAAAUUUAUACAAAGUGUUCCCAACUGUAAAGAAAUUGGAAAUAUGUUUAGGAAACAUAGUAUCGAUGGCGAAGCAUUUCUGAUGUUGACUCAAGAGGAUUUAGUAUCGUUGCUGGGACUUCGUCUUGGUCCUGCAAUUAAAUUGUACAAUAGCAUAGUACUCCUUCGUAGAAGGGCGACGUGAAUGAGGUGCGAUGAACGCACAUACAAGUGGGUAUUGAAAAGUGCAAAGUGGCAGCUAUCGUGACGAUAAUGUCGAACGUAUUUAUUUAAAAAACUUUAACACAUCAUCGAGGUAGAAACAUAUUUUCCAUCAUUAUUGAAAAUCAUUCAUUUAAUGCGAUACUGUGACGUGGAGAGCGGGAUUGUGACGAAUUCGAUCAAGAGAAAGACAAUUAUUGAACGAAAAAGAAAGAAAAUUGUGUUUGAAAGUUGAAAUCUAUGAUUUU